AUGUCAAAACUCAUUCCUGUUAAAUCUCAUAUGAGUAAUAAAGAAGGAAACUAUUCUUAUCCGACUCGAAUGUCUGAACAUUCACGUGUUCAAAGAUUAAAGUUAACACCAAAUGAUAGAUUAAAUAAUAAUUACCCUUUAUCCGCAAAUAUGUUGAUAUAUUCCUCUCAAAAAUCCUUCCACCAAUCAAACGGAGGAAAGUUAACCACAACUUCUCACCUCAUUGCCACAGAUAAUGGUCAUCUUAUGAUUUUUCAAAUUGUAGCAUGGAAGAUUUACAAUUAG